UGACAGAGGGACAGAGCCAGACAGUGAGCCAGGGUCAAUACAAAUGUCUUGAGCUGUCCAACAAAGACCACCAAGAAAACAGAACCGGUACGUUCUGUGGACAUAUGUGGGAUGGUUUGUUGUGCUGGGUUGAGACACCAGCUGGGACAGCUGUAACACAAAACUGUCCAGAUCAUCCUGACCUGGACCCAACUGAAAACGUGACCAAAUAUUGUGACGAAUUGGGUAAAUGGGUCGAGACUGGCUCCACCUGUCAGCCAGCUUCAAAGGACAAAUCAGAGAAGGAAUUCACCCAUUUUUUAAGGGACACAACAGGAGAGUUGACUACAGAGGCUACAGGGGUUGACGCAGAAAAAGGCAGUGUUGUGGAAAAAAUGAACCUCAAGAACGAAAAGAAAUGCUUAGAGAAAAUGAAGCAAGAUCCUCCUUAUAAUAAAUCAGGUCUGUACUGCAGUCGCACCUGGGAUGGGUGGCUGUGCUGGGACGACACUCCAGCGGGAACCUACGCCUCCCAAAACUGCCCCGGGAAUUUUGACAAAUUGGACCCCACAGAAAAGGCAACAAAGUACUGUGGAGAGGAUGGACAGUGGUUUCGCCAUCCAGACAGCAACAAAACCUGGACUAACUAUACACUCUGUGCUCUCAACAUUAAGGAGAAGUUAAAGGCAGCCGCCCAGCUCUCAGGGGAAACUGAGGUACAGCUCGCCAAUGAGGCCACGGUCAGCCCCACGGUUAAUCCAGAAGAGCAGGAAAUUGUGCGAAAGAAAAUCCUUGACAGCCAGUAUAAAUGCUUUGAGAAAAUGAAUCGAGAUCCACCUUACAACAAAUCAGGCGUGUACUGCAGUCGUAACUGGGAUGGGUGGCUGUGCUGGGAAGAUACUCCGGCAGGAACCUACACCUCUCAAAACUGCCCCAAUUAUUUUGUGGACUUUGACCCCACAGAAAAGGCCACUAAGUACUGUGGGGAGGAUGGUCAGUGGUUUCGCCACCCGGAUACCAAUAGGACUUGGUCCAACUACACACUCUGUAUCGAAAACACUCCUGCAAAACUCAAGUCAGCGUUCAUCCUGUUUUACAUGGCAAUUGUGGGUCAUGCUUUAUCCAUAGCCUCCCUGCUUGUCUCUCUGGCCAUCUUCUUCUACUUCAGGAGUCUGAGCUGCCAAAGGAUCACCCUCCAUAAGAACCUCUUCUGCUCCUAUGUGCUCAAUUCUGCCCUCACCAUUGUCUACCUUAUAGGCGUGGUCAGUAAUCCUAAGUUGGUGGCCAGAAACCCGGUUGGCUGCAAGGUUUUGCAGUUUUUCCACAUGUACAUGCUGGGCUGCAAUUAUUUCUGGAUGCUCUGUGAAGGCAUCUACCUGCACACGCUCAUUGUGGUGGCGGUGUUUGCAGAGGAGCAACAUCUGCACUGGUACUACCUCCUGGGCUGGGGCUUUCCACUAGUCCCUGCAUCCAUCCACGCCGUGGCAAGGAAAAAGUAUUUCGACGACAACUGUUGGAUGAGUGUGGAAACCCAUCUGCUCUACGCGAUUCACGGUCCUAUAAUGGCAGCGCUUCUUGUGAACCUCUUCUUCUUACUAAAUAUUAUAAGAGUGCUGGUGACCAAACUGAGAGACACACACCGGGCAGAGUCCAACAUGUACAUGAAGGCGGUGAGAGCCACCCUGAUCCUGGUGCCCCUGCUGGGAAUACAGUUUGUCAUUAUUCCCUGGAGGCCAGAGAACCCGCUGGCUGGGGAGGUCUACGAGUACGUCAUGCACAUACUCGUGAACUACCAGGGUUUACUGGUGGCAAUAAUAUUCUGCUUCUUCAACGGAGAGGUGCAGGCAGCUCUAAAGAGACAGUGGAUGCAGUAUAAGACCCAGUGGGGUCAGAGACGAAAGGACCACUGCUCAAUGCGCUCCACAUCCUACACAGCCACCUCCAUCACCGAGGUACCCACCUUCAUGUACCACCACGACUGUAACAGCGAACACUUGAACGGGCGCCACAUGGAGGACUCUGAACUGGAGGCGCUGAAAUCAAGAGAGACAUAAGCAUGAGUCACACUGAGAAUAAAGAACGUAGCAGUGGGGAACAGCCGAGGAAGAGCAACAGCGCAACGGAGAUGUACAGUAAGAAUGGAAAAUGAAUCCAGUUUUCCUGCCAUAUCUCAGUGAUUCAGUCUCAGAGGCUAAUGCUAGUUUGUUCUGCCCAGGAUGAUAAUACGGGUCUGGAAAUAAAGAGCUCAUUGCGACCGGAGGUGGACUUGCUACAGGACUGACAGUUCAUUUUACUUUGCAUUGCAGCUGCUUUUUGGGAACUUUAACAUCGAGAACUCGUGGCAUGAGACGAGAGCUGCUUUUUGACAUGUGUCAUUUCCUAAAGCUGCUAGACUGCGUGACUGCGCGUGUUCACAGUGACGGAGGCGUGUGCUGGUGUGGAGACACAAAUAACUGUGACUGAGGUGAUGACAGCGAGUGUGGCGAUGUUUUAUGUUUGAGACAAUGGUGCUGAAAAGUGACAGAGGCGAUGAUACCAGCUAUGAUUCACAUGAUGAAGAGGUGGAUGAUAGUUAGAAUGAUGAUGAUUAUCAAGGUGAAGUAGAAUCCUUCCUAACCUCACCUAUACCAAAGGGUACUGUAUGUUGGUCACAGCUGUGGAGGGGCGGACUGCGUCCAGCUGAGCACAGAUGUGGUACCCUGAAGCAAAAGACACACACACACACACACGAAUGCACACAUCAGCCAACAUCACAAACCUGAUCAUAUGUGCCAUGAUAGAGGUCAAAAUUUCAGAAGACCCUCUGUGCUUAAAGCUCUGGAAUUGUGUACAUAAUGUAUGUUCACCAUGUUUUAUUUGAAAAGAGUGUUUAAAUGUUUUAAAAGGAUUUUAUUUUUGUUUUCUAUUAAUAUUUUAUUCUUGCCAGUUCCUACGUACAUAUUAAGUGUUGGUCCGGUGACGCUUCACUCCCGACUGCUUUGCUGUUUUGCAGUUGCCGUAUUUGUGCCGAUGCCGAACAUCACAAGGCUGAGAAGAAAAAAGAAGCUAAAUGCGCACACACACAAAAAAAAUACAUGAAUAAAAAAACUUUAUUUUGAGGUUGAACAGCCACAAGAGUUGCUUCACUGUGUUAUAAAUCAAAUAUGCCAUCAGUUGUGCCAAUGAUUCCGACAAAGAAGCAGUUUCUGUCGAGCAUGGAAGCUGCACUGUCUGAUUUUACUCUCAGUCGUCCUUUGUCAUGCUCGUGAUGCCUUUAAUCUAUCUUCUGUUGGUUGAAAACAUAGUAUUCUGUCCACCAUGCAUAUUUAUUCAUCACGUUUGUAGCCUUUUGUAUGAAUGAGCAUCCAGGGUAAAAGAGAGGCUCGCUAAAGAUGAAAUGAUGAGAAGAUCACAUCCAUACUUUAUUUAAAUGAAUGAAUUUUCUCUGUCUGUAGCCAACUUUUUUUUUUAAAAUGCCACUUUUAUUGAAACUUGGGUAAAGAUGUGUCAUGCAUUUAUCUUUGAAAGCUACUUAGCAGUCCAAUCAGCUUCUAAACCAUAUAUCCUAUGACGGACAUUUAAAUUCAGCCAGGGAAAAACAUUUAUUAUUCUAGAGCGUAUAUCCAAUAGUCAAUAAAGCCCCUGGCUGGCUCAGACUACUGUGAUUUGUUUUUGACCCCUUAACGGAAAAUCUGCUCUCCCUGUUUACGUGAGCAGGAAAGAGUUUAGAGUUAACUAAAAUCUUUGUAAAAGACACACAAAGGAAAUGUCUUAAAGGAUAAGACUGGUGAAAUUCUAUAUUUUUGUUGUUGUCAACAAAUCCCAUGAAAAAAACUAAACCAACAAUGUUUUUUUCUGACUCUUAAUACUUUCUGACCUCCCUAUUCUGUUUGUGACACUCAGCAUCGAAAGCCGGCCAGGUACCUUAGUUGUUAGGAAAUAUUACUCAAAAAAGAGUAAAUAUUGCUGUUUUCAGCCACAGAUGAAUACUCAUUUGGUGCUUUACAGCUUGACCCAAAAUAAACUACAGCGCCCAUGUUCAUCAUUACGAAGAAACAUCUCACCAACAACAGUUUGGUUCACUGAUGUGUUUUUUUGUUUUUGUUUUUGGACAAAAAUUAACUCAAUGAAUCGUUGGAAAACAAAAGGCUUUGCUCACACGGACAGUACUUGUUAAAAGGAUCAAUUCAUUGUGGGUUUUGGUCUUUUCAUCUUUUCAUGGGACAAAAAACAAAAAUAAAGAAAACGACGAGACCUUUCUUUUCAAAUAAUUUGCAGAACCUAAUUUAGCUUUGAGGUGACAUUUUCAUUUUUACUUUCAGACUCACUAUUCACGACAUGUUCUGGCUACUGUAUUAUCUGUUGAAUGUCUGCUCACCGUUUAUGUGAUAAUUUCUAAGGUUUUCUUGUCAUUGUCAACUGGAAUAACUGUUUGACAGGGAUUUGUGUUUGUGAGAUAUUGAAAGUUAUGAUGAAGUACAUUUGAGAAUGUAUACUGAUGGACCUCUGCAGUGAACCUAAGAUGAGAUUGCACAUUUAAAAGUACAUAAAGUCGAUUUUUACAGUACGUAGGAAAAACAAGUUCACAGUGUAACAUACUGGUUUAUGAAUUGACAUUAAUAUGUAAUAAAAUAUAAAUUAUUAAUAUAAUCGCAGAUAUACUGUGAACAUAUGCUUUCUGCAGUAGCAAUAUGACCAGAAAAAUAGGACCAGACACAAAAUUCACAUUCAAACACAUACUGGAGGUUUAUCUGGGAAGAAAUCUGAACACUCACCAUUGCAAGCUAAUAACAUUAAACUAGUCUGAUCAGGUCACCAAAUCAAAUCAUGUCAAUCAAAUUAGCGAAGUCACGGGUGAAGCUUUUUAGUAGCUGGAAAUCUUGCAGUUUAGCCAACAGAGAGUUCACAAUACACACAAGCUUUCCUUUACAAUCCCCUUAAUUCCCUCUUGAAUAAAACAGACAUUUGGACCUAUUGCAAUACUUUGCCGUUUGCUAGCCAGGUACAAGAGUGACAAUCAAUAUAAGCGAAUGACGCCAUCAAGGCAGAGUAGGUUUUAGAGCUACACAUAUUCUCAUGUGAAAGUGUAUUAUUUAUUUUACUAUUGAAAUUCAUUUGUCUUUAAAAUUGUGAUUUGCCUUGGAUGUGGCGCACACUGUAAGACAUAUUAACAAUCCUUUGGGUUUGGGGAAGACAGAUUCUGUAUAUUUUGUAUGUUCAUGCUCAUGUAAAUACAAGCAGAUAAUGUGUAUAUGAUAGAUUUGUUUUUUGCACUGUGAAAUAUUCUGACAGCUAUUUUUGUUACCUUUCUGUCAUUCCUUUUGGCUUGUGUUUGUCUCUUUCUCCCUCUUAGCUCGGACCGGCAUCAUCUCAAAGCUGAUAAAAAAAAAUGUAUUUUG